AUGCGCGGCGCCACGAGCGCGGACCCGCUGGGUCCUGCACCCGCGCGGGGAAUGCACGCGGGCCGCCGACCGCAGGGUCGGCUGGAAGAAGACGCAACAAGAUGGCUGACCAGCCUCAACCCUAUAGUUGCGGGCGGACAACGUCACUGCGCCCCUCCAGGAGGGCGCGCGUGUGACCUUCGUCAGAGAGCGCCCGGAGUGAAUCAUGUGCGCGCUCCACACCGGGCAGACGGUUGCGGUCCGGAGCGUAGCGGACAGUUGUGGCGGCAACCUGGGGACACCGUGGAGCUGCCGCACUCGGCGGCCCGGCCGCUGCCCUGCCCGGAGAUCCCGUCCUUCGCGGCCGCCUGCCGCCUGGUGCGGAGCCGCUACUCGUGCCUGGUGGCGGCGCCGCAUCGGAGACACAUCGCGCUGGCGCCGCGCUACCUGAACCGGAAGCGCACCGGGAUCCGCGAGCAGCUCGACGGCGAGCUGCUGAGAUACUCGGAGAGCCUCUGCUGAGUGCCAGUGGCUUACGAUAACAUCAGAGUAGUGUCGGAAUUAGGUGAAUAUUAUGAUGACCAAGGAUUCAUCCAUUUUACAUCGAAGCAGAUUUUGUCAUUUCACAUCCCAAGAAAGGGAAAAAAGCUUGUGGGUGUGAUCAAUAAAGUGGCCCCAAGUCAUAUUGGCUGUCUGAUACAUGGGUUCAAUGCUUCCAUCCCUAAACCUGAUCGAAUGUCGGCUAUAGAGUGGCAAGACCUUGGGUUGAAAAUAGGAGAUAAACUGGAAUUUGGUGUGCAUUUAGAUUCCGAUGCUGCUGGAGUAUUCUUCAUUCGAGGGAGACUGAAUAAAGACAGUAUGCAAUCCAAAUAUCCUGAAACCGUAACUGAAGAUAUGAACAGUAGAGAUGAAAUACCAAAGAAAAAACCACAAGAAAGAGACAGAAGGAAUUGUGAGUUAGAAAAUGACACAGAGCUUACGGACCAUGCAGAUACUACUGUGGUGGAAGAUGCAGAAGAGCAAAAUGCUGAUCACAAUAAAAUGGAUUUUUUUGAUAAAAAGCCGAAGAAAAAGAAAAAGCAUAAGCAAGAAAAGCAGAAACCUGUAUUUAAUGGAAGUGACUGUAGUGGUUACCAAAGUGACCAUAAAAAGGUUAAGAGAAAGACAAGAGAACACUGUGAUGUAGAUGAAGGUGAAUUAUCUCAAUUGUCACAAGACCCCCAAGGCAAAAAGAGAAAGGAAUGACAAAUGGACUGAAGAGGUCCAAAACUCCCUUGCUUGUCAUCUUCUUUCAGAAGUAUUUGAUAACUUCCAAUAAAAUCAUAUUUUCAGUU